AUUGGCUGCGCUUAGUUGCUGUAGUUUCGUACAGUGACGUAAAGGCUACCGUUAGGCGGUCAUUGAGGCGGGAGACGAGUAGGACUAGGAAUCAGAAAAUCAUGCCUCGGGAGAUCAUCACCCUGCAGCUCGGCCAGUGCGGCAACCAAAUUGGUUUUGAAUUUUGGAAACAACUAUGUGCAGAACAUGGUAUCAGCCCAGAAGGCAUUGUAGAAGAGUUUGCAACUGAAGGAACAGAUAGGAAGGAUGUGUUUUUCUAUCAGGCAGAUGAUGAGCAUUACAUCCCACGUGCUGUCCUUUUGGACCUCGAGCCCAGAGUCAUCCAUUCAAUCCUGAAUUCCCCUUAUGCUAACCUUUACAACCCUGAAAAUAUUUACCUGUCCGAGCAUGGAGGUGGUGCAGGGAAUAACUGGGCUAGUGGUUUCUCACAGGGGGAAAAAAUCCAUGAAGAUAUCUUUGAUAUCAUUGAUCGAGAAGCUGAUGGAAGUGACAGCCUGGAGGGUUUUGUGCUGUGUCAUUCAAUUGCCGGUGGAACGGGGUCUGGUUUAGGGUCCUACCUCUUGGAGAGAUUAAAUGACAGGUACCCCAAGAAGCUAGUCCAGACCUAUUCUGUGUUUCCUAACCAGGAUGAAAUGAGUGAUGUUGUUGUGCAGCCUUACAACUCCCUCCUGACACUCAAAAGACUGACUCAGAAUGCAGACUGCGUGGUAGUUUUAGAUAAUACAGCUCUGAAUAGGAUUGCUACAGACAGACUUCACAUACAAAACCCUUCAUUCUCUCAGAUCAACCAACUAGUCUCUACCAUAAUGUCUGCAAGCACCACCACCCUGCGAUACCCAGGCUACAUGAACAACGAUCUUAUUGGGCUCAUUGCCUCUCUCAUUCCAACCCCAAGGCUGCACUUCCUAAUGACUGGGUACACACCUCUGACUACAGAUCAGUCGGUAGCCAGUAUACGCAAGACCACUGUUCUGGAUGUCAUGAGGAGGUUACUGCAGCCAAAGAACGUAAUGGUUUCUACUGGCCGGGACAGACAAACCAACCAUUGUUACAUAGCAAUACUGAACAUCAUUCAGGGCGAGGUAGACCCUACACAGGUUCACAAAAGUCUACAGAGGAUAAGAGAGCGUAAACUAGCCAACUUUAUACCGUGGGGACCAGCCAGUAUUCAAGUGGCUCUGUCAAGAAAGUCUCCUUAUUUGCCAUCUGCGCAUAGGGUUAGCGGCCUAAUGAUGGCCAAUCAUACAAACAUCUCCUCGCUGUUUGAGAGGACAUGCCGGCAGUAUGACAAACUAAGAAAGCGUGAGGCUUUCCUGGAACAGUUCCGUAAGGAGGAUAUCUUCAAAGACAACUUUGAUGAGUUGGACAACUCUAGGGAGAUUGUUCAGCAGCUUGUGGAUGAAUACCAUGCAGCCACCCGCCCAGACUACAUCUCAUGGGGUACUCAGGAUAAGUGAGGUGUAUUGGGGAAUCCUUACACCACAACUCAUUGUUCAUGUUACUUAAAAACACAGGACUGAAAAGGAAUAUUUUCUCUAAAAGUAUCUCCCAGCUACUUUUUAGGCUGAAACUACUCCACAUGCUGAAAGCAAGAUGUUGCACUGCACUGCAUAGCCGCAUUGGAUCAUAAAAGCAUGUUCUAUAUUGUGCACCAGUAUUGGUAGAUCAUCUAUUAUAUUAAGUGAAUUAGAAGGCCCCAGUGAGACAACCAGUUUGUGUUGCCUGUACCUGGCACCAUUUCCUUGCUUGAGGCACAGUAAAUCCACUCUCUUAAAAACUGUCACUGCUUCAGAGGAACACAGUUUUUCUAUGUAGAAGACUCAUACAAUUGUUUUGGUUUCUUUUUGCUGAUAGUUUGAAAAUUUCAGUAACUGGUCAUUGUGGCACUUGAAAUAUCAACAACCUGCUCUACAAAAUGCCUUUUAUGCUGUUCUGGUAGAUGUUCUCUAAUAUUUAUGGAAAUAAAAAUGUUUGUAGUUCAUGCAUUAAAGGUUUCCGAGCUGCUCCUGAAA